UAUAUUUACUAGAUGUGAUGUCAAACCUAAAAGAAAAUUUUCGGCUUCCAUAAAUCAAAGUCAGCCUCCUUGAUUUUACUACAUAUAUAUAUGUUCAUCAUAACACUGUAACACAUACAUGUAUAAACAAUUGCAUAUGCAUCAAACUCUAUACAUAAGGAUAUCAUAAAGAAUGUCAGCACUUUUAUCUUCUAUUCGCAAUUCACUCAAUGUCACAUUGCAGUUUCACAAAGGUUAUAUUGUUUUAUUAGCCACAAAGAUACCCAUUUUUGUGUUUUCUAAGGUUUAAAUCAAUGAUUUUUGUGUGAAAUGAUUUACAUGUAUUUUAAUUGCAUGAGAUAUAUUGUUAAAACUUAAAUCCUAGUGGCUAAUGCCUGAGAUUGCUUUCUCAAAUCAGAUAUGCUUUUAUAUAUUAUUAUGAUUUGUUUGUGCUAACCUUCCUUUUCUCCCUUUGCAAUAGAUACCAUAUAUUCAUACAUGUUCGUGAUAUUGUGUUAUCGUACUUGAAUUUCAUAAGAUUUUAAUUUAUUUGGUGGAGAUCUACAUAAUCUACAGUAUUUUAUAUUUCUUUGUUGUCAAAUAUGGUAAUCGACAGAUACUUUUUGAAAAAAAUAUCAAGGAUCAAACUGUUUAAGAGUUUAAUCCAAUAAUCCAUUACAGAAGAAAAGAUCAAGUGAAAAUCCUCUUUUUAGAUACAAAGAUUAGUAGCUACUAGAAGGAGACACUGAAAGAGAUUAGCAGUUUUCUAGGGUUUUUAGAACUGAGUACUUUAACGUCUUUGUAACACGGUUUAGAGUGGUACUUUAUUGGCAAUAAUACUUAAUGAGAAAGUUAUAUAUUGUUUUUGCCAAAAUUUUGUAAGAAAAUAUAUAUAGAAAAGGAUCUUGAGAAUCAAAGUAACGAAAAGAUAAAGAGAUACACUUAUUAAUUAGUUUGAUUUUUCUUGUUUUUGUUUUGUGGAUCUUCAAAUCUACAGAAGUGAUGGUGAAAGUUACAAAGUUUGUUUCUUCUCGUCCAUUAGUCAGCCUCAUCCUCCUGGUUGUUUUCGGAACCAUACCCAUCAUGAUAUGGUGCAUAGCAACGAAGAACAUAAGAAACAACGUCGAUUCACUCACUGAAGAUAUUCGGUCAGGUCUAGUUUCUGAAAUCGAAAACAUCGGAAGAUUCAUUUAUCCAAAGACGAACUCAUCUACAAUCAGUUUAGCAGGAGUGAUAGACUCUUUUAUCACCAACAACAACAAUGUACAUUUCACGGAGAUUCAAACACAGAUCGCACCAGUGUUGUUUCAUGCUUACUCAACGAUCCCUGAAGUCUCACAAGUGUCGUACAUUAGUACAGACGGUCUCUUGUUUUCUUACAUCACGGGAAUAAACACAAGCUUCGCGGUUUUUGCCAAUUCAACUGGUGGAGACUACACUUGGUACACUCAAACCAUUGAUCAGAAAACCGGUCUUCUCAACGGCGAUGCAACGAGAUCUCAGCCGUUAGAUGUGACUAAUACAGAUUGGUUCCAUGCAGCACAGAGAGAUCACAUUACCUCCUUUGUGGGAACUGGUCUGGGAGGAGAAGAUAACGAGAGACUGUUUCAGACAGUGGUUAGCUUGGACAGCAAGAAAGGAGUUGUUUCGUUAGGGUUUCCAGUUAAAUCUUUUACCAGUGACUUGAACCGUUUGAAUCUUCGCGGCGGAGAGCUUUACAUGUGGACUAAGGACGGAACAGUACUUGUUUAUGAAAGUUCACUCAAUGCUUCUUCCUUCAUCCCCAGAGAUUGCAGUUCCGGUUGGGUGAAGGAGACCAAAGGAUCGAAAUUCGAAGCUUACUGCUCAGUUCUUGAAGUGUCUGGGGUGCCUCUGAGUUACACGCUCAUGUCUCCCAACAAAGGAAUAGGAACAAGCAUCAGUAAUGCGGCUAUGUAUAUGCUUAUUUUCAUGGCUAUUUAUGCCUUCUUCUGGCCUCUAGGGUUUGUUGUGUGCAUGGUGAGAGCAGCAAGAAGAGAGAUGGAUCUACGUUCAUCGCUGAUAAACCAAAUGGAAGCAACACAACAAGCUGAGAGGAAGAGCAUGAACAAGAGUCAAGCCUUUGCACAAGCUAGCCAUGACAUUAGAGGUUCCCUUGCAGGGAUCACCGGUCUGAUUGAUCUCUGCCGUCAAGAAGUUAAACCUGGCUCUGAAGUUGAUGCUAGUCUUCAGCAAAUGAAUGUAUGCACCAAGGAUCUCGUUGGUCUGCUUAACUCAGUCUUGGACAUGAGCAAAAUCGAAAGCGGGAAGAUGCUUCUAGAGGAAGAAGAGUUCAACCUAGCAAAGCUUCUCGAAGACGUGGUAGACUUCUUCCACCCUAUGGCCAUGAAGAAAAAGGUUGACGUGGUUUUGGAUCUUCACGACGGCUCAAUCUUGAAAUCCUCCAACGUGAGAGGAGACAGCGGCAAGCUCAAGCAAAUCCUGAACAAUCUCGUGAGCAAUGCGGUCAAGUUCACAGUGGACGGGCACAUUUCGAUCCGGGCCUGGGCCCAGAAGCCAGGGCCCAAGAGCUCCGUUGUCUUGGCAUCAGAACCCAAAGGAAGCGUAUCAAUGUUUUCAAAGCUCAUGCUGUGCAUGAGCAAAGACCAGUCUUCAUCAUCAGCCUAUGAGAAUGAGAUAUCAAACUCCAUAAGAAACAAUGCGAACACGAUGGAGUUUGUGUUUGAAGUGGACGAUACGGGCAAAGGGAUACCUGUGGAGAUGCGUAAGUCAGUGUUUGAGAACUACGUUCAGGUGAGAGAAACAGCUCGAGGACAGCAAGGCACUGGACUAGGUUUAGGGAUUGUGCAGUCUCUGGUGAGGUUAAUGGGAGGAGAGAUAAGAAUCACUGAGAAGGCGAUGGGAGAGAAGGGAACUUGUUUCCAGUUUAAUGUUUUGUUGAUGACAGCCUCAGAGACCGACGUGAACGCGAGAGAGGAGGACAUUGAAUCAGUAGCAGGAGGAGAUUACGUGAUAUCCACGCCAAACCUCGGCUUGACGAUAAACACUUCUUCGGGAGGUAGUAUGAACAUACGUCACCACCUGAGUCCUAGGUUCAACAACUGUCUCAGCUCCAGUCCAAAGCAAGAAGCUUCACGAGUGGUUCUCCUUUUAAAAGACGAAGAACGGAGAAGAGUCACAGAGAAGAGCAUAAAGAUACUUGGGAUCAAAGUCACUGUGGUUGAAAAAUGGGAGAAUCUGAGUAACGCCUUGGAGAGACUCUUUGGGUUUUCGCCACAGAGCUCCAUGGAGUCUAGUUUGAGAAACGAGUUAUCAAGCACGAGCUCGAGGGAGUUGCCUUUGAUCGGAACGGAUGGUGUUGAUUCAAGAAGUCAGAUUCCUCGAAGGAGAAGCGCCAGCUUCUCAGCGUUCGUUCUUCUGAUGAUUGAUGCAAACGCUGGACCGUUUCCUGAGAUGAGUGAUAUUGUUGAGCAGUUUCGUAGAGGCUUGCACCAUGGCAUAGUCUGUAAAGUUGUUUGGCUUAACGAGCCUACCGGCCGUGGAAGUGAGAGAGGGGACGUUUGUUGUCUGAAGCCUUUGCACGGAUCUCGUCUUAACCGAGUGCUGAAGAUGUUGCCUGAGCUUGGAGGAAUCGUUCCAAGAGAGUCGCUGCUGAGACAUACUCUUGUUGCGACAUCACCAAAGGGUACUACGAGUUGUGAGAUCCAAGAGGUAGAAGAAGAAGAAGAACAGAGCUUAAGGUUUAACAAAAAAAUAGGCAAGACAAUAAUGGGACCAACAGCUUCAGAGAGGGAGACUUGGGCCAAGUCAGUACGUACUGUUCCAAAGCCUGUUGGGAACUCGGAGGACGAGCGAGUAACAUCCAAUGCGAGCUGUGAUGAACUCUUGAAAGGAAAAAGAGUUAUGGUUGUUGAUGACAAUCGAAUAACAUCUUCUGUUGCAACAAGAAAGCUGAAGAAGAUGGGAGUGUCAGAGGUCAGACAAUGCGACAAUGGGAAGGAAGCUGUGAGAUUAGUUAGUGAAUGGCUUACACAAAGAGAUCAGCAAGAGCAAGGUUCUGUAGAUGUACUUCCCUUUGACUACAUAUUCAUGGACUGCCAGAUGCCAGUGAUGGAUGGAUAUGAAACAACCAGAGAGAUUAGGAAAGUGGAGAGAAACUAUGGUGUGCAUAUACCAAUUAUAGCUGUAUCUGGUCAUAGUCCUGGCUCAACGGAAGCAAAAGAUGCCAUAAAAGCUGGAAUGGACGCCUUCUUAGAGAAAGACAUGAAUCAGGACCAACUUGGGAAGAUCAUCAGAGAAAUCGAAAGCAAGAGGACUGUCCAUGCAACAACUGUUCAGUAGAUUUUAUAACUAGAUAGGCUGACAUGUUGUGUUACUUCUAAUACCAUUUUUUUUUUUGGUUU